AAUGAUAAUUAAAGUAUCAGCAUUUUCCAAGAGCAAAUAAAUUUUUUGAAAAUAUAAAUUUAUAACAAUGAGGGUUUCAAUAGUGUGUCUUGUAUUAUGUAUUUCAUUUGUAUAUGGAAAACCACCAUCUCAAAUAGUAGGUGGUAAAAUAUCAUCAUACAAUGAAUUUCCACAUCAAGUGAGUAUUCGUGUUGGAAAAAAUCAUUUAUGUGGAGGUGCAAUUCUCGAUAAAAAACACAUCAUAACAGCUGCUCACUGUUUCGUAGAAACUGAUGGAAGACUUGAAAAUCCAGAAGGUAUAACUAUCCUUGCUGGUGUUAAUAACAGAGAAGACUCAUCAAAUGGUCAAGAAAUUAAAAUUGAAAGUUAUUCUUUUCAUGAAGAAUUUACUUAUACUGAUGGUAAUAAAAAUGACAUCGCUAUUGUAAAGCUAGCACAACCAUUGGUUUUUAAUUCAGCAGUAAAACCUGUAAAUUUACCAAAAGCUGAUACACCACUUGAUACAGUUGCAACUGUUAGUGGAUGGGGAGCUAUUUAUCAUAUGGGUGGAAAACCAAGUGCUUUACCAAAUGGACUUAAUAAAGUUGAUGUUGCUAUUGUUUCUAGUGACAGUUGUACAAAAUCAUUGAAAAGACAAAUUCAACCUGGACAAAUUUGUGCAUUUAUUGGUGUAGGACGUGGAACUUGUGUUGGUGAUAGCGGUGGUCCAAUGAUUGUCGGUGAUGAAAUUAUCGGUAUUGUUUCAUGGGGACAUCCGUGUGCCAUUGGACAGCCAGAUGUAUAUACACGUGUAUUUCACUAUUUACCCUGGAUCAAUAGAAACUUUAAGAUAAAUAAAAACCUUUAAUUUAUUAUUUUUAUAUUUAAGUUAA